AUGGCAGACUCCAAGCCCCGCCAACUCCACCUGACGGCCUUUAUGCGGCCAGUCUCCCUCCACACAGGCGCCUGGCGAUACCCUGGCUCCUAUCCGGAUGCCAACUUCAACUUUCAACACAUCGCGCGGUUCGCGCAAAAGCUCGAAGCCGCCAAGUUCGACGCCUUCUUCAUGGCCGACCACCUCGCCGUGCUGAAUAUGCCUGCGGAAGCGCUCAAGCGCAGCCACACCGUGACCUCGUUCGAGCCGUUCACCCUGCUCUCCGCUCUCUCGGUGGUGACAGACAAGAUCGGGCUCGCGGCGACAGCGAGCACCACCUACGAUGCACCGUACCAUGUGGCCCGUCGCUUCGCUAGUCUCGAUCAUCUGAGCGGCGGGCGCGCGGCGUGGAAUAUCGUGACGACGGGGAAUCCGGAGUCGAGCCAUAACUUCGGCUUCGACGAACACAUGGCGCAUGGGGAUCGGUACAAGCGGGCCCGCGAGUUCUACGAGAUUGUCACCGGGCUAUGGGAUAGUUUUGCGGAUGAUGCGUUUACACGCAACGUGGAGACGGGGGAGUACUUUGACCCGGCGAAGAUGCAUGUGCUGAACCAUGCGGGCGAGGAGUUGAAGGUGCGCGGCCCGUUGAACAUCGCCCGGCCGCCGCAGGGAUGGCCGGUGAUCGUGCAGGCUGGGCAGAGCGAGCCUGGGCGGCAGUUGGCGGCGGAGACGGCCGAGGUUGUGUUUUGCAGUCCGAAGGAUAUCGAGUCUGCGAAGGCGUUGUAUGCCGAUCUCAAGGCUCGGGUGGAGAAGGCCGGGCGCAGGAGAGAGCACCUGAAGAUCUUGCCGGCGGCGCUGAUUAUCGCGGGAGACAGUAAGCACGAUGCACAGGAGAAGAGGCUGCAGUUGGAUAGCCUGGUGCACUACGACAGUGCGAUUGCAUCCUUGUCGGUGGCCCUUGGGGCGGAUGCGAGUGGCUUCGACCCUGAUGGGCCGUUGCCAGCGGACCUGCCCGAGACGAAUGCAAGCAAAACCAGCCGGGAGAAUGUCGAGAAGCUGGCCACGGAGGAGGGUUUGACGGUUCGUCAACUGGCACAGCGCUACGGCGGUUACUCCGGGCUUGCCUUCCUCGGAUCACCCAGCGACAUUGCGGACGAGAUGGAGACCUGGUUAAGAGAAGAGGCGUCCGACGGCUUCACCUGCACGUUCCCCUUCUUACCGCAAGGACUAGAGGAGGUCACCGACCGGCUGAUCCCAGAGCUGCAGCGCAGGGGCUUGUUCCGCGAGGAGUAUACCGGUGCGACCUUGCGGGAGCACUUCGGCCUUGAGCGGCCGGAGAAUCGCUUCUUCCGCGAGGCUCUGUAG